AUGUCUGGAUUUCUAUUUUACAAAAAUAAAUAAGAUACUUCGAUCGGUUUUGCAGUAAAUAAAUUAAAGUUGAGCAAUAGAAAUUCAAUAUUAAGAAUAAAAAAGAAAAUGUAGUGCCUUGUUUAAGAAAAUGAUUCUCUAGCUGACGUUUUUUAUUAAGUUAAAGAUAUAGAUGAACAAAUAUUUGGCGUCAUAUUAGAAAUAUUUAUAAAGGAGAAAGUUUAAGGUUGCAUAGGGUAUCUUUCAGAUUAUGAAAAUCAAAAAAUUUAGGAACAAUACAUCUUACAAAAAGGAGAGAAUAUACUAGAAGAUGAUAAUAAAUAGCAAUUUUAUGAUUUUAAAAAUAACAUCAAACAAAUUACUAAUGUCUUAAAAAAAAUAAAAGAUCAUGGCUUCAAUAAGUUAGACUAUUCAAAUGAAGAAUAUGAAGAAUCUACAUAGAAUUUAAUUAAAGGAAUAAAAUACGAUAGAUUAAUCAUAGAAUUUUUGAAAUUUUUAGUUCACCUUACAUCUAUAGAUAAAACUUUCCUCUAAUGUGGGUCUAACUCAUUACAUAUUUUAGUUUAGAUGAAGGUGGACCUUAGAAACAAUAAUUUUGAAAAUAUUCAAAUCUAAAAUACUUCUUUAGUAGAAGCUAAUUUUGCUAGAUGUAAUUUAAGUGGAUCCUAGUUUAAUAAUGUCAACAUAAGUGGAAUAAACCUGAAUGGAGCCAUAUUAUUAAAUUGUAAAUGGAAAAAUUUAAAAAUCCAUGAAUUAAAUAAAGUAAAUGGUCAUACUAAUUAUGUCUACUCAGUCUGUUUCUCUCCUAAUGGAAAUAUAUUAGCAUCUAGUAGUAGAGAUAACUCUAUCCGUCUAUGGGAUGUCAAAACAGGAUAAUCAAAAGGCAAAUUAGAUUGUCAUAGUAAUGGUAUUAACUCAGUAUGUUUCUCUUUGGAUGGUAAUACAUUAGCUUGUGGGAGUGGUGAUAAGUCUAUCCAUCUAUGGAAUGUGAAGACAAAGAAAAAAAUAGUUCAAUUCGCUGGUCAUUUGGACACUGUCAAUUCUGUCUGUUUCUCUCCUGAUGGAAAAAGAUUAGCUUCUGGUAGUAAUGAUAAAUCUAUCCGUCUAUGGGAUGUAAAAACAAGAUAAUAAAAAUCCGUAUUGGAUGGUCAUACUAGUCAUGUCUUGUCGGUCUGUUUUUCACCUGAUGGAACUACAUUAGCAUCAGGAAGUAGUGAUAACUCUAUCAGUCUAUGGGAUGUCUAAACAGGAUAAUAAAAAGCCACAUUCGAUAGUCAUAAAGAUUGGGUAAUGUCAGUCUGCUUCUCUCCUGAUGGAAAUACAUUAGCUUCUGCUAGUUAUGACAAAUCUAUCCUUCUAUGGGAUGUCAAAACAGGAUAAUAAAAGGCCAAAUUAGAUGGUCAUACUAGUGAUGUCUACUAGGUCUGUUUCUCUUCUGAUGGAAAUACAUUAGCUUCUGGUAGUAGUGACAAAUCUAUCCGUCUAUGGGAUGUUAAAACAGGAUAAUACAAAACCAAAAAAAAUGGCCAUACUAGUUUUAUCUCAUCAGUUUGUUUUUCUAUUGAUGGAAAUACAUUAGCUUCUGCUAGUUAAGACAAAUCUAUCAUUCUAUGGGAUGUAAAAACAGGAUAAUAAAACCAGAAAUUGUAUGGUCAUACUAGCACUGUCUACUCAGUCUGUUUUUCACCUGAUGGAACUACAUUAGCUUCUGGUAGUGAUGAUCACUCUAUCCGCCUAUGGGAUGUCAAAACUGGAUAAUAAACAGCCAUAUUGGAUGGUCAUAGCGGAACAAUCUACUAAGUCUGUUACUCUAUUGAUGGAAAUAAAUUAGCUUCUGCUAGUUAAGACAAAUCUAUCAUUCUAUGGGAUGUAAAAACAGGAUAAUAAAACAAGAAAUUGGAUGGUCAUACUAGCACUGUCUACUCAGUCAGUUUUUCACAUGAUGGAACUAAAUUAGCAUCUGGUAGUUAUGACAAAUCUAUCAUUCUAUGGGAUGUAAAAACAGGAUAAUAAAACAAGAAAUUGUAUGGUCAUACUAGCACUGUCUACUCAGUCUGUUUUUCACCUGAUGGAAAUACUUUAGCUUCUGGUAGUAAUGAUAAGUCUAUCCGUCUAUGGGAUGUAAAAACAGGUUAAUAAAAGGCUAAAUUAGAUGGUAAUACUAGUUAUGUCUAUUCAGUCAGUUUCUCACCUGAUGGGAAUAAAUUAGCAUCUGGUAGUUAUAAUAAUUCUAUUUGUAUAUGGGAUGUCAACACAGGGUAAUAAAAAGCCAAAUUAGAUGGUCAUAGUAAUUGUAUUAAUUAAGUCUGUUUCUCUCCUGAUGGAAAUACAUUAGCAUCUGGUAGUAGUGAUUAAUCUAUCCGUCUAUGGGAUGUAAAAGAUUUUUAAUCCUCUGAUAAAAAUUACAAAGAUAUUUUACCUCUCCCAUUUGCCAAUAGUAUUACUACCCAAUUUUUUUUAGUUUAUCCUAUUGUAGCAACACUCGUCAUUAGCCAAUACAUAUCUUUUGAAGCCUAAUCAACUAUAAUUUUUAAAGGAGAAUUCAUAAAUCACCAAGGCAAAGACUUAUGUUAUUUAUUCAAGAAUAGAGGGGCUUAUUUUUUAGAAAGCUCUUUAAACAUUUCAUAGAAUUCAAUUAAUGUUUGA